AUGAUAGCAUCAAUCGACCCCGAGACACGCGCAGACUUCCCUGACUUCCCCGACACGCUUUAUAUGAUGGCAUCAAUCGACCCCGAGGCAAGCGCAGACUUCCCUGAUACGCUGGAUAUGAUGGCAUCAGUCGACCCCGAGGCAAGCGCAGACUUCCCUGAUGCGCUGGAUAUGAUUGCAUCAGUCGACCCCGAGGCAAGCGCAGACUUCCCUGAUACGCUGGAUAUAAUGGCAUCAAUCGACCCCGAGGCAAGCGCAGACUUCCCUGAUACGCUGGAUAUAAUGGCAUCUAUAAGCUACGCAGCAGGCUUCGACUUUACAGCUACAGACGUAUCCGACACUUCAAGAGUCAUGGCGCAAGAUGAGGGCAACUAUCAUAGGAAUGAUAGAUAUUUUACUGGCGCACUUAUAUAUACAUAA